CGACCGGCUGUUGGGGAGCAGCCAGCCCAGACCGGCCAUAGGAGCCCCAGUAAUCCAGAGUCAGCCUAGAUACUGAUUCCUAGUUUUUUUGUUUGUGUGUUAGGAUGAGUUGAGUUGUCAAAAGCCUACGCAAGAAAGUAGGAGGAAGGAUCCUGAACUAUGAUGCAAACAGAAAUUCCACUGGCCAGCAGCUAUCACGAUGGGUCACAUCCUGCUCAGCUCUGCUGCCGGCUGCCUCCAUCUGCCUGCACAGGCCCCAGGCAAGCCAGCUCCAAGCUGCCCUCCCCAGCCCAAAAUGAUUGACAUGGAGUUCAGGUACACUCAAACUCUGGCCCAGGAGUACCUGCUUCACGUCCUUCAGGUACCUCAGCGUGGGACUGGCCACAGCAAGACAUCCAGAGUGCUACAGGACAUGGCUUUCUCCAUCCAGGAAGAAGUUGAGAAGAGUCUGAAGCCAUGCUUGGACAGAUUUGAUGUGGUGUCCAUAGAUGCUGCCAGGAUGAUAUUCAACCAGGUGAUGGAGAAGGAGUUUGAGGAUGGCAUCAUUAAUUGGGGACGGAUUGUGACCAUAUUUGCUUUUGGGGGGGUCAUCCUCAAGAAACUGUCACGAGAGCCGAUUGCCCCAGAUGGGAACACUUACAAGGAGAUUUCUUGCUUUGUGGCUGAGUUCAUAAUGAACCACAUGGGAGACUGGAUACGGCAAAACGGAGGCUGGGAAAAUGGCUUUGUAAGGAAGUUUGAGCCCAAAUCUGGCUGGCUGACUUUUGUGGGAGUUAUGGGACAGAUUUUUGAGAUGCUCUCUCUCCUGAAGCAGUUCUACUGACCAAAAAGGACACUGACUCUUGAGAGAACUACUGCCAACAUGGAGUCCUUCUACUUAAAAAACAGAAACAGAACCCCCUGCCCCCGCACAACUUUGAUGACAUAACCUGAGUUUCCAAAGUUACAGGAUUUUGUCUCUAUUUUAAUUAAUAAAUUGUGCAUAUUUAUCUUUG